AGAGGCAAAGUUGUAAAAAGUGGGAAGAGUCGGAGACUUGAGUUUGGAUCCACUCUCCCGUUUUUCUUCUCCUCCUCCCUCUUCUGCCGGACUCCUAAUUUGGGAUUUGUUUAAAAAUCGGGACUGCUCUCCUUGGACGGCGUUUCCUUGCUGGGUGAAAGGGAACUCAAACACACUUGUCCCCCCCCACCCCACCCUUAAAAAACAAAAACAAAACAAAAAUGUCUGAUUCCAGUGUCAACGCUCACUUGGAGGGGAUCAUAUCAGACUUUGAAGCUCUGAAACGGUCAUUUGAAGUGGAGGACACCGAUUCAUCCACGCACCCAUCACCCCUCUCCCGUCGGACCACCAACCCCCUCCGCUCGUCCGUCUCCUCCGCAUCCAGCCAGAGGAGUUAUGACCUGAUCUCCCGCAACUCCGACUACUCCUCCGCCAAAUUAUCGCCCUCGGAUUCCACCAAUCCGCGCUCCCCGAAAACCGGCAUGAGGCGCAUGGAGUUAUCAGGGGCUCGCAAUCCCGACGCAGCUUCUUCUCGCCGCACAGAAAUUUCCAUUGAGGUCUCCUCCAAGCAGAUUGACAACUCGCCCAGCGCCGGCAUCGCCCGCUUCGGCCUUAAACGACCCGAGGUGGGUCUAGGUAGUCGGAGCACCCCACCCGACGGCUCCCCUAAUUCCAUCUCAGGCUCCACGAAUAGGCGGAUGGAACUCAGCGUGACACGGCCGAAUGAGCCGCCAGCACCCCCCAGGAGGAUGGAUGCCCAGCUCUCCUACGCUCCGGUCUCUCGGAUCCCCGAGCCUCCUCAGAGAAGAGCGGACCUCCCGCCAUCCAACCUGGAGGUAGCGAGGAGGCCGGAGAUACCAUCAUUCCGACAGCCAGAUGGUAUGGUGCCUGAUGCUGCUGUGGAGGACAUCAACCACCCGCCUUCUGCACCCAGCGCACCUCUGCCGUCCCUUGCAGAGAGCCGGGUGGAGUGGGUGCAGCCCACUGUCACAGAGACCCCCACGACCAAACCCACAGAGAGGUCGGAGGUGAUCUCCGGCUACAGCGGCAGCUUCAUGACCGAGACGGUGGUGCCUGAUGCCAUGGCGUCGUACGGCGAGAGGGCCGGCGGCCCCGUGGUGGACUUCACCUACGUGGGCAUCGACGCCAUUCUGGAGCAGAUGAGGAGGAAGGCCAUGAAGCAAGGUUUUGAACUCAACAUCAUGGUCGUAGGGCAGAGUGGCCUCGGCAAGUCCACGUUGAUGAACACGCUGUUUAAGUCUAAAGUCAGUCGCAAGUCCGUAAUGGCCACGGGCCAGGAGAAGAUCCCCAAGACCAUUGAGAUCAAGUCCAUCAGUCAUGACAUCGAGGAGAAGGGAGUGAGAAUGAAGCUGACAGUUAUUGACACACCUGGAUUUGGAGACCAGAUAAACAACGAGAACUGCUGGCAGCCCAUCAUGAAAUUUAUCAACGACCAAUACGAGGCCUAUCUGCAGGAGGAGAUAAACAUCAACAGGAAGAAAAGGAUCCCCGACUCCAGAGUUCACUGCUGCAUAUACUUCAUCCCGCCUACUGGACACUGUCUACGGCCUCUUGAUGUGGAGUUCAUGAGGCGUCUCAGUAAGGUGGUCAACAUAGUUCCAGUUAUUGCCAAAGCGGACACACUCACCUUAGAAGAGAGAGACUUCUUCAAAAAGAAGAUCAGGGAAGAGCUGCGGGCCAAUGGCAUCGACAUCUACCCUCAGAAGGAGUUUGACGAGGAUGCUGAUGACAGAAUGAUUAACGAGAAGAUCAGGGAGAUGAUCCCAUUUGCCGUGGUGGGCAGUGAUCAGGAGUACCAGGUCAAUGGCAGGAGGCUGCUGGGGAGGAAGACCAAGUGGGGAACCAUUGAAGUUGAGAACAUAGCCCACUGCGAGUUUGCCUAUUUACGGGAUCUCCUCAUCAGAACCCAUAUGCAGAACAUUAAGGACAUCACCAGCAGCAUCCACUACGAAAUGUACCGCGUGAGGCGCCUCAACGAGAACAACACGGCGGCCACUCACGCCAACGGAGUGCCGGAACAUCAUCAUCUCACCGCCCAUGAGAUAUAAGGGUCAUCAACUCCUUUGAGACUUUGGCCCACACGCCACUCCAUUCAGUCCACGCAAUCCUGUCUCACAGGUGGGCUAGACACUCAACGGUCCUGACACCUGCGCUUUUGUGACUUUCUCUCACUAGAGAGCGUGAAGAGAUGUCCGUUUUUUAACCACUUUCUAUAUCCCAAACUUCCUGAUGCAUUCACCCGAGGUUGCCAACACUUCAGCACGGUCUGACAAACAACAAUAAUCUUUCUCAAGUUUGCUUUUGCAGCGCUGCCCUGUGGUUUGGACUGCACUUGAUCACUACAUUCGUCUCUGACCAGGUCAAAAGUGUGUUUGUGUUUGAGUAUGAAGAAGGAAUGGGGAAGGCCAUAUCAUUACGUGUGCAAAGAGCUUCAGGAGGAGUAAGAUCAAAAUGGCACAAAUUUUAGUCGUACUUUGCCACAUGUUAAACACGGAUACCAGGACAAUGAUGUAUGUUUUUUCUCAGUACUUACUGCCACUGUUUUAUAGAUAUCUAUUUAUGCACCAAGUCAAAUGUGAACAUCUUCGGUCCACAACGACAAUCCUGUUUGGCUUACUCAACCGUGCCUUAUUUAUUGGAUGUUUGUUUGGCCAAAGCUGCACGUUUUAAUGGCGUAGUUUAAAAACACGUUUUCAAUUGGCUAUCGAUUUUAUUCUAUCUUCCAAACAUCCGGUUCACUUUCAAUCUCGCUUAAUUCUCCGCAAACUGCCAUACUCUAUUGUGUAUUCUCUGUUUUUUUUGUAUUUGUAUUAUUGAUAAUGCCCUAAAAUGUCCUUUAUCUUAUUUUAAAGAAAUAAAGAUUGUUGUUUUAAA